AUGAUAAUAUCAAGAAUUUAUUUAGCCAAGUCGAGUGGAAGGAAAUUAUGAACGUUAAUAAGAAAACUGUACCGGCCAUUGACAAGGAUAUUGGGACGCAUUUGAUGAGUUACAAAAAGAAAACUCCCUCAGAAAUGCGAAAGAUCAUUUUGAUUUUCAAUACAUUCAUAUGGUUUUUUCACGUCUAUUGGACGAAUGAGUCUCCGAAGAACCGAUUGAUGCAACCGCAUGCGGAAGGGUGGUACGCAGUUAAUAUUUGGGGUAUAUUAAUUGAUAAAGCAUUCUUAAAUGUUUCCGAUAUAGAUCUUGUCCGUGGUGAGACGUGUAGCGUUGCAUCAAGCAACCGAAGAAAUGAUGAUGAGAUGUACAUAGUGAAAGGCAAUAGAAAAGCACUGGGACAUCGAAUUGAUGGUAUUGUUCAAAACUUAGUCAACAAUUGUGAAUACGGAGGAAUUGAAGUCGCGAAAACAUGUCAAGGUCCACAUGACAGGAAACAAUUAGGCGAUUCGUUGAAACUCACAAAACUCCUUAAAGACAUGUUUCACCAACAAUCAGGUGUUGUUGACUAUAAUGAAGAGAUAGUCAAAAAAUUAGAGGUUGUUGGCCUGUUGCAUUCGCGCCUUCAAUUACAACAGUUCAUGAUGGAUUUCGGAUGUGGUUCUUGUUUAUGGCUUAAAAAAGAAACAACGAGAAAUAUUCCUCUGCAUCUGGGUGACGUAAUGGAUCUCAUCCAUACAAUUGUAUCUGUCCUUCAUGCCAAAUUGCGAAUUCAACGUUGCAUUGAAGUGAUGAAAAAUGAACCUGAGACGAAUCAUUCUUACAAGAAAUCACACAGCCUCCUUCGCGUCCUUCCACACCACCUAAUACUGUAUGCCUUGCAAAAACAACGACUCCAAUAA